AUGAGCAAGAAGGAGUUUGCGAGGCUGCUGGACAGGCUGAGGGGCGAGCACUCGGAGCGGGUGCGCUUCUGCAAGCGGGGCGGCGGAAGCGCGGUGGUCGAGAACAGGUGGGAGGGAAGCCGGAAGAUCGAGUUCGGCAUCGAGGAGGUCGAGGAGCCCUCAAGCCUGGACGCGGUGCUCAAGGACGCCGAGAGGUGCUCGGUGCUGUGGAGGAAGAGCCACGGUGGCAAGGCCCCCAGGAUGGAGGUGAAGACGAGGCCAUUGAGGACAAGGAGAAUGCCGCGUUCCUGCGCGUCGUAG